AUGUCGCUUUUGGGCCUUGCGGUUUCGGCCUCGGGUUUGAGCUUCAAUGUGCCAACAUCCCCGCCCUCGAACUCCAGCGGGCAGAUCUCUGCUGCACCUGUUGGUGUCUCUCUGGAAUUUUUCGCAUUCCCCAAGUACUUCCAAGAAGUCGAUGCGACAACGACAUGUCUGCAGAAUAUGAAAGAUCUGACUGGCACAUGGCCACCCCUGAGAAUUGGAGGAACUACUCAAGAUCGUGCUACAUAUGAUUCAUCCUCGACCGAGGCAGUCACCUACACAGUAGCCAGUUCGGCCGAUGCGCCCCAAACAUUGACUUACGGUCCAUCCUUUAUAUCCCUGGCUGCUACCUAUGCUGGCAAAGUUAUCAUUGGAUUGAACCGCCGGUUGAAUAACAUCUCCAACACUAUCUCGGCUGCGCUCCUUGUUCAGAGCAAGAUGGAUAAUCUCUAUUCGAUUGAGCUUGGAAAUGAGCCAAACUUCUUCACUUCCAGUGACCCCAUUGCAAAUGGCGCAUCCUGGACAGCCGCAGCAGACGAAGCCUCCCAAGUGAGCUGGCAAGAUGAUGUAUGCGGGAAUCUCUCUGCGUCCGAUAUCAUAUCAGCAGGUGUCUACUUCGGUACUUCUCCUAUGAGUCUUGUCGGGCUUACCGCAAAAGAGGGCGAUGCAAAUGAUUAUGUCAAGGACUAUUGCUCUCACAACUAUCCUCAGUCUUCUGGUAGCUAUGAUCUUGCCAAGCUCAUGGGCCACAGCGCUAUUGCGUCUCAGAUCAAGCCAUAUGCUGCUGAGGUUUCUGCUGCAGCUGCUAAAGGCAAACCGCAUAUCUUUGGCGAGACUAACUCUGCUACACAAGGCGGAGGUGGUAUUAGCCCGACCUUUGGAGCUGCCCUCUGGAUCCUGGACUAUGUUAUGCAAACCGUUCUCAUGGGUACAGAUGCACUUUACUUCCACCAGGGUACCGUUGGAAACUGUCAAUACUGCUGGUGGGGCCGUUACGAUAUGGGCUCACCUUACUACGGUGCUUAUUUCGCCACCAUGGCAUUGGCGAACGCCGACCAGAUUGCGCCUCUGGAUAGCCAAGAUACGGCAUACGCCGCCUACGCCAUCUACAAAUCCGGGGCUCCUGUCAGAGCUCUUCUCUACAACUCCGAUUACUUUACUAGCGGCACCCGUUCCUCGCAGACAUAUACGCUGUCCGGUCUUUCUUCCUCCAGCGUCACUGCGAAACGGUUGACCGCCCCUUAUGCUACAUCUCGGGUUGACCAAGGCUCGAACCCGACCGUUGCUGGUCGGACUUUUGCCAAUGGAACUUGUGUUAUCCAGGGCACUGAGAAAGUGGAGACUGUUACUGUGUCUGGUGGAAAGGCCACCUUUACUGUUGCAGCCUCAGAAGCCCUGUUGGUAUAUCUUUGA